AUGCCAGAGACUGUCAGAAACACACGUGCAAGCUCAACAAUGGAGGAGGUCGUCCAAGCCUCAGAGAAAAGCAACCAAAGAGUUAAUGACAUAUUUUUCAAGAUUGCCCAUCGCCUCCGAAAAUCCGAGUGUCAGUGUGAGAACAAACCCUCAGCUCCUCGCAGUAUUGUUGCUUCCUUUCUGUACCUACCAGACAGGGAGGCUGUGUUCCAGGCAAGGAAGCUCCUCAAGGGGACGGGUAUAAGCAUCCAAACCGACCUUCCAGGCCUUAUGAAGAAACAGAGAGCUAUCCUCAGUAGACAGGCCAACAUUGGCAACAACAUUCGAGAGAGGGAAAAUCUCUGGACAAGAGUCCGAGUCCUCGGGACAGAAGUUAUACUGGAAACUAAAGACCCACAUUCCCCAUUUUCUGCUUGGAAAACCUACGAGCUGAAUCUCGCACUGUCAACUUUCUCCAAGACACAUGUUUCAUGGCAUGACGAAGCAGACGGCCUUCCAUACAUGUCCCAGAUGACCGAGUCUAAACUGUUGAAGGAGCCUCUGACCUAUGACCUCAACCGACUCCCAUCUGAGGUCCAGUCACGUGUUGUCCACACUUCCAGCAAGACAGUCUACAACCUUGGGGAGACGGUGAAAGUUAAGAUCUUGCUGUACGACGCUUUCAAGAGACCCCUGCACCGUGGAGGCGACAUCCUGACAGUCUCCAUGGAUGGUCAGAACGGCGCAUCUUCAGCCGGACGUAUCAUUGACCACCAAAACGGAAGCUAUACCGGCAUCCUCCGUGCCAUGUGGACCGGAAGUUGCAGCAUCGUGGCGAACAUCCUCUGUACAAGGGAAUCAUUUGCUAUGACGUAUCAACUGAUAAAUGGUUUUCGGACGUCAAUGAAUUUGACGUGUGUUUUCGAGCUUGAGGCGUUAAGGGAAACAACUCUCGCCUAUCCGUCCCCUGCUCCUUUUCCGGGUCAAAGACUGUGUAACCUGACUGCCGAGAACUACGGGAUGCCCUGGUACUGCGUGAAGCCGACCACACCCGGGUUGCUGUGCUCGGACUGGACAAAGGUUUCAACAAUAUCGUAUGAAACGUUUCCGAGUUUUAGAGAUAAAGUCCUGGAUCAAGUCUUUCUUUUGCGAGACUUCCUGCACUCCUGGUCUGCCUCUUCUCCUAUCGGGUUCUUCCACAAGCAACAGUGGCACCACGUGCUCUGUACGUACCCUACAGGCGACACUGCUCUCAGACACUGUCUCAGAAACCGACGACUGGUGAUGUUUGGAGACUCAACUGUCAGGCAGAUGUUCUCGUACAUUCACAUGAGAUUGAACAUGACAUUCGUGACCUUGGACUGGGUGGGUAAAAAAUGGCAUCGAUACACAGAGGCUGAAAGGAAAGACAGCAACUUCAGCAUGUCCUGGAGCCCCCAUGGGCUUCCUCUGUAUUUCUUUGAGUCUGGGCGUGGCGUGGCGAGACCCGUCCAUAUCACUAUUGACGAAGUACCGGCUGGGUCACGUGACAUCCUCCUCAUCCACCUCUACGCCCACUUCCAGUACCACCACCCCAGUGUGCUCCGCAACAACCUCCGCCAUGUUGCACAGUCUGUCAAACGGCUGCUUCAGAGGGCCCCAGAUGUAGUGGUAGCCAUUAAAGGGCCGCAUUCGUUUGGUCCCAAGAACCGGUUUAUUGGCGGGUACUGGGGUCCAACUUACGCGGAUAUAGUCAAGGAGGAGUUCCGCAGUCUGUAUGACAAGGUCGCUUACCUCGACUACUGGGACAUGAGUGUCGCCCUGCAUCUUGAGGAUGUCCACCCUGAUGCUGAUGGCGUGGAACAAAUAACUAAACUGUUUCUCGGAUAUGCCUGUACUGACUUGUAA